AUGGCCGAGCUGACCAACAGCUACUCGACCGCCGCAGAAGCCCGAGCGGCCGCCAGGAGCGCCUACGCUCGACACUCAGAAGACCACGCGACACCCACGCGUCGUCCGAGCCGCCGAUCGAGACACUCGCAGGGCAGUCACUUUGAGCUGGCACGGAGGCGAUCAACGCGUUCGAACGCGUCCACAUCCACCCAGAAGCAAGAGCCAGCAGCUGUAUUAUCUAUAACCACAGUCACGACAUCCAUACCAGAGGCAGCAGGAGUGUCGACUCCACGUGCACCACAGUCUGAGCCUUCACCCAAAGAGACAUUUGGCUUGGAUGAACAGCCUGCAGAUGUGACCGCAUCUCCAGAUACUCCUGCCGCGAGGACUGUUCAUACGAACACUCCCACUCCCACGCCAAGGCACUUCUCCAUCAACAUCAAGGGUAGGCUCAAGCAGGUCUUCCGAAAAUCAACUCCUGCGCCCAUUGUGCCCGUUGCACCUCCAACAUCCCCCGACCCAGCUUACAAUGAGCCUCCCGAUGCUCCUUCAGAUGCUCCUCCCGACACAGUCCAGGCCGCUGUGCCUGCUGAGGAACCUCCGGCAAACAACGCCAUCAGUGAGCCAGAGCCGUUUUCCCGCCCAUACUCUACAUCAACUAGAUCCCGUGUCACAAGCUGGACAAAUUCUACCAUAGCCGCAGUGUCAAGCAUUCGCAGCCGACGUCGCCCAUCGCACCAACUCGAAUUGGCUGCUCAGCCGUUGCCAGAAUCGACGGGCCAGGACUUGCGCAAGAAGAGCUCAUUCUUCGUCAGCCCAGUACGCAGUCGGACGCAGCCAGAUGUCCUAGCCGAGCCUAUCCUGGAAGCCAACAGUCGUGAGCUGCGCAAGAAGGGUUCUUUCUUCGGUGGGCCCGUGCGGAACAGACUGCAUAGAGGCAGCAGAGCGGACCUCAAGGAGUCCUCCGAGGAAAGUAUGGGGCUGUAUAGCGCUCUGCAAAAACGCAUUCGUCCUGCCAAGUCAGAGCGAGCCAUGUCCAGGCAACGCCUAACGACACCGUUGGAUGCAUCUGAAUUGGAAGACACGACAUUAUUCGAGCCUACUUUGCCAACCAUCCGUACUAUCACACCUGAACCCGGCACUCGCGCGGCCUACGUACCCUCUCCAGUCACCGAGGUCGUUUCUCCGGGAAGCAGUUUGAAGCGGCGAUCGGCCCUCCGAGUGCCUCAUGCCAGGGCAGAUGUGAUCUCGCCCAGCGUGUACUCUCGCGGCACCGAUGGCGUCUCACUGCGUCCACUGUCGCCAGAGGGCGAUGAGGGUACGACAACAAUUUUGAUCACUGGCAGAGAAGUCCGCAGGUACAGCAUCUCGCCAGCAAAGCCACAGAGUCGACACCACCGAGGCAAUGGAAGUGGGUCUUGGCGAAAGUGGCUGUCAGACGAGAUGAGAACCAGUUUGGGCACAACAGGCCCGGGCUACCAGUCGCUGAAUGUGCCAGGUGAUGAACAGUAUCUGCAAGCACGACGCACUCCAUCGCCUGCCAUGCAGUACUUCGCACAAGACUCGCCGUCUCCAGCAAGAUCGCACACCGUCCACCACGGGGCUCACGGAAGCGGCACUUGGCGCAAAUGGCUGUCGGACGAGAUGAGAACUACUCUGGGGAACACUGAUCAGCAGUUCCGCCUUCUCAACAGCGAGAAGCUUCGACCUCGUUCAAUCUCGCCACUUUCCGAAGCCGCUGAUGACCCAGCUCGGUCAAGGUCUCGGGCGAGCAGCAUUGUCUCGACUAUGAACGAUCGCUACCCAAGAAUUGCACCAAGCCCUGCGAGUUUGCGCGAUCAGCAAGUCGUGCUCCCGAGCUUCAGACCGCCAAGUCGAAGCAGUCAUGCAGAGAUACCUCGACCUCCGACACGGCAAAGCAUUGGCGAACCAAUGAGACCGCCCAGUGGUCUUGGCCAACCGAUUCACGCCCGUCUACCGAGCAGAAAUCGCCCGUUGCACACGUUCGGCAGUAAAGAAAACGUGCGACCACCCAGCAUCAGCAGCCGGGCUCCGGAGUCGCCCCUACCUGCUCUGUCGAGCUCACAAUGGCUUGCGACUGGGUCUCAGCACCGAAAGCGAACGGAAGUGCGGAAGCCGAGUCUCAAAGAUGCGGUCAUGAAGCCUUCGCUCUCCAGGCUAUCUGCAAGGCAAUCCACAUUUUCAAUGAGGGAGCCACCGCUGCGAGAUGGGUACCAGAAGCCUGCUUCGCUCACUAGACAGUCCAUGAUGGAGAUGAGAGAUUCUGCUACGAGACGUUCGCCGGGACAGCAUAUGGUCACGGAUUGGCUCAAUGAGCGAAAGGGAAGAGAAGGAGUUUUGGGUAACAGGCAGAGGGCCGAAUUGGAAGACACUUCGGUUAGUGCGUUUUUGUAA